AUGUGUGGAAGAUCACUUUAUAGUUAGGCCGGAAUGUCUGCAGUAGCUGCAAGUCCAAGAAGAUUAUUUUCGUAGAGAGAAUGAUCAUGGCGGUAUUUUCGAGAAUUCUCAAUGCUCUAUCCCCAAGGGUCCAGUGUUUCCCGUUGUUUAUCCGUUCUAUCAUGAAUUGGUUCCCGAAAUUGUUCCAAGACAGUGCUUCACAAUCAAUCUCUUCGCGCAGCUACGGGUACUCGGUUGAUGGCUUUACGACACCGCCAUGCACCAAGAAUAUUGAUCGAUGCCUUCGAAGCUCGGUGGAUGUGCAUAGUCCCAGCGACUAUCUGUUUCCAAGUUCUUGCUACCUUGAAGAUUUUCUACGGGACAGAAGAGAUGAUAUUUCGGAUGAAAUCAGUAGCGGUAGAGAUGAUUGAUCGGAAAUGCAUCUCAUAUGGCAGAAGGUAGAGAACAGAUUCUUCCUUUCAUCAACACACUAACUGCUUUCCUGCAUACGGGUUGUGUAAAAACCGCGAUCGUACUGAAUUCGAAGACUGGAUUCCUGGAUUAAGGCCAGGACAGAAAAUCUUGGAUUUACCUCAUCAUAAGAUUCAUGGUCAAGACGGCUGAGGACCACGUUUGUCUAUACAUCUACUUCUGAGGAUAUUCUUCUGAGUUGAUGGAAUAUUCUAAAUAUUCACAUAUUUUAAUAUCCAUUCACUGGUGUGAGAAGUUCAGGAUUACAAUUUGCGAUCUCUCG